UACAAAGCAGGAAGGUGACGUAUUUUUGCGACGUGUCAGGACGUUCUGCAAUCAAAGAUGGCGGCGCAACAGGGUGAUGUUGAUGAACUCUUCGAUGUAAAAAAUGCCUAUUAUAUUGGUAGUUAUCAACAGUGUAUUAACGAGGCUCAGAAGGUGAAGCCAUCAGCACCGGAGAAGGAGACUGAAAGGGACAUGUUUUUGUACAGAGCAUACAUUGCCCAGAGAAAGUAUGCUGUGGUCCUGGAUGACAUCAAGGGCAACUCUCCACCGGAGCUUCAGGCUGUCAAGAUGUUGGCUGAGUAUCUGUCCAGUGAUAGCAAAAGGGAUGCUAUUGUUGCUGAUCUAGACCAGAAGAUGGCGAAGAGCGUGGACGCUUCCAACACCACCUUCCUCCUCAUGGCUGCCUCCAUCUACUACCAUGAGAUGAACACUGAUGCCGCUCUCAGGACUCUGCACCAAGGAGAAAGCCUCGAGUGUAUGGCCAUGACCAUUCAGGUGUUGCUGAGUCUGGAUCGUGUUGACCUGGCAAGGAAAGAGCUGAAGAAGAUGCAAGAGCAGGAUGAGGAUGCUACUCUAACCCAGCUGGCCACCGCCUGGGUUAAUAUUGCUGUGGGUGGAGAGAAGUUGCAGGAUGCUUACUACAUUUUCCAGGAGAUGUCGGACAAGUACUCCUCCACACUGCUGCUCCUCAACGGGCAGGCGGCCUGUUACAUGGCUCAGAACAAGUGGGAGGAGGCUGAGGGAGUGCUACAGGAGGCACUGGACAAGGACAGCAGUCACCCUGAGACGUUGAUCAACCUCAUAGUGCUAACUCAGCACUUGGGCAAAGCUCCCGAGGUAACCAAUCGGUACCUCUCUCAGCUGAAAGAUGCGCACAGAGCCCACCCAUUUCUCAAAGACUACUUAGCCAAGGAGAAUGAGUUUGACAGACUAGUGAUGCAGUAUGCUCCCAUCGCCACUGCAUAAGACAUCUGCUUUUACUGAGACACCUCAGCAAUAGACUAUAGUAUAACACCAUGAAGUUAGCAAGUCUAAACUGCAUUGGUUUUGAUAUUUCUACUUGUCA